UCCCCGCAACUCUCCUUCCGUCUCCUCUGGCGGGGUGGGCCGUUCGGGCUCUCCUAGAGUCGGGGCGCUCCUCCAGCUGUCGGAGAAAAGAACAGAAAGCUGAUUUUUUUUUUUUUUCCCCCGGGGAUCCUUCGGCAUCACCCACAGCUUACAUUUUUUUCCAAAAUCUUUUUGAAAUCUUAGCGGAGAGUUGAAGAGUGAAAUAAUUUUUUUGCAGAGCAUUUUUGGAUUUGGAGUUUUGUUUUUUCUCUCCCCCCCGUUUAUAACUGUCAAGGCAGCCCAGCCAAUCAUGGUGAUGUUCAAGAAAAUCAAGUCUUUUGAGGUGGUCUUUAACGACCCUGAAAAGGUGUAUGGCAGCGGGGAGAAAGUGGCCGGCCGGGUGGUCGUGGAGGUGUGCGAAGUGACUCGAGUUAAAGCUGUCAGGAUCCUGGCUUGCGGAGUGGCCAAAGUCCUGUGGAUGCAGGGAUCCCAACAGUGCAAACAGACCUCUGAAUACCUGCGCUUCGAAGACACGCUUCUCCUGGAAGACCAGCCAACAGGUGAGAAUGAGAUGGUGAUCAUGAGACCUGGAAACAAAUACGAGUACAAGUUCGGCUUUGAGCUUCCUCAGGGGCCUUUGGGAACAUCUUUCAAAGGAAAAUAUGGGUGUGUAGACUACUGGGUGAAGGCUUUUCUUGAUCGCCCCAGCCAGCCAACUCAAGAGACAAAGAAAUUCUUUGAAGUGAUGGAUUUAGUGGAUGUCAACACUCCUGAUUUAAUGGCUCCUGUGUCUGCUAAAAAGGAGAAGAAAGUUUCCUGCAUGUUUAUUCCUGAUGGACAAGUGUCUGUCUCUGCCCGAAUUGACAGAAAAGGAUUUUGUGAAGGUGAUGAAAUUUCCAUCCAUGCUGACUUUGAAAAUACAUGUUCGCGCAUCAUGGUUCCCAAAGCUGCCAUAGUAGCACGCCACACUUACCUUGCCAAUGGUCAAACCAAAGUGCUGACACAGAAGUUGUCAUCUGUCAGAGGCAAUCACAUCAUUUCAGGAACCUGUGCAUCGUGGCGUGGCAAGAGCCUUCGGGUGCAAAAGAUCAGGCCUUCUAUCCUGGGCUGCAACAUCCUUCGAGUUGAAUACUCCUUAUUGAUCUAUGUUAGUGUUCCUGGCUCCAAGAAGGUCAUCCUUGAUCUGCCCCUGGUAAUCGGUAGCAGAUCAGGUCUGAGCAGUCGGACAUCGAGCAUGGCCAGUCGAACCAGCUCUGAAAUGAGUUGGAUAGAUCUCAAUAUUCCCGAUACCCCAGAAGCUCCUCCUUGCUAUAUGGAUAUCAUUCCUGAAGAUCACCGAUUGGAGAGCCCCACUACUCCUCUACUAGAUGACACAGAUGGUUCCCAAGACAGCCCUAUUUUUAUGUAUGCUCCUGAGUUCAAGUUCAUGCCACCACCGACUUACACAGAGGUGGAUCCCUCCAUCCUCAACAACAAUGUGCAGUGAACUUGUGGAAGAAAAGAAGCAGCUGUACUUAACAUGUUUCUUUCUGCCUCUCUUCCUGGACUCUUACUUUCUCAGAGACUGAACAGUCUCUACAGUUGGGGUAUGGGUCCACCCCAGCCUCUGACUCCCCAGUGUAGGAGGUGCUCAGCAGGCCAUCUCCAGGACCUUAAAUGAUGGUGCGCACACAUCCUCAGCCAGCGAGAUGAUGUGAAGUUGUGAUAUGGGAGUGUCUGCUGGAUGGGUUUAAAAACACGCUAGAAAAACUCCGGCCCAUCCCAAUUUUGUCAAAUCUUGGUGGCCUCCUGAUGUGGUCUUCCCCAGGUUUUUUGGAGGAGAUUGUAUAUCUUGAAUGUUGGUGCCAAUUUAGCAAACUAGGAAAACAAAAAAAUCAUGGCCAAAUUUUUAGGACAAAAUCGUUUGCCCUUUGUACACUUACGGGGGGGAAAAAAACCUUCCAGAGCAGAUUUGGUUUGAACUUUGGAGAGAGCUUCUUCCCAAGACUUAAAGAGAAGCAGCUCUAAGGUUGUCUUUGCUUAGAAUGUGCUUUAAUCUGGCUUAAAGCAGUUGUAACUAUGCCCCACCAAAGGUCUUAAAAGCUGUUUUUAGAGCCUUUUGCACUGUGUUCUCCUGUUGACAAACAUUUUCAUGUGGGAGAGUGUUUUUCUUUUCAUGUGACUCCUUGGAAUGGAUUCUGAGGUGAUCAUUCUUAGCACUUUAGUUCCUGUCAAAUUUUGGGUUGUGGUUUUUUUUUUUUUGUUUUUUCCCUAUAUCAAAAGUAAGCUAAAUCUGGUCUACUAUGUUUCUAGGGGUAAGCACAAUGACAAAAAAAUAUAGUGUUAUUCCUCACUUCUGAGACUUUGUCCCAGUGUACAGAAUUCUGUGAUUCUGACACUAAUUCUCUGAGAAGGGUUGCUGCUAUCAGCCUUGCCCACUGUGACUUCUCCACACCGAAGGAGGAACUCUCUAGAUUGAUGCCCACAGCACUGUGAUCAGAGCUUCCAGACAUUGCCUUGAGAAAUGAGAGGGCAAGUGUCUUCACCCAAAGCCCCCAGGGCUCCCUUUCUUCCCAAUGUUAGGAGGCAGGGAUGUCGACAGCCCUCUCACUGCAGCCCCUAGCACUUGGUCAGUCACCCUCAGCCUUAGCACUUUGUUCACUGUCCUGUGUCAGAGCACUGAGCUCCACCCUUUUCUGAGAAAGUAUGUCGGCUGAAGGUGGUUCAUUUGUUUUUUAAUUGUAUAUCUUUUUGUAUGAUAAAAACUAUAUUUUGUACUUAACCAGAUAUAUUUUCACCCCAAGUGGGGGGUAUUCUUUGUAAAAAAAAUAAAAUAAAAAUAAAAGUUUUUUCAUGAAAAAAA